AUGGCUUCAUUUGAAGAGGCACCACCUGGAAACUCAAAGGCAGGAGAGAAAAUAUUCAAGACCAAGUGUGCCCAGUGUCACACUGUUGAAAAAGGCGCCGGCCACAAACAAGGUCCCAAUUUGAAUGGUCUCUUGGGAAGGCAAUCUGGAACAACGCCUGGUUAUUCCUACUCUGCUGCUAACAAAAACAUGGCUGUUAUUUGGGAGGAAAAGACACUGUACGAAUACUUGCUGAAUCCCAAGAAGUAUAUACCUGGAACAAAGAUGGUUUUCCCAGGCCUAAAGAAACCACAAGACCGUGCUGACCUCAUUGCUUAUCUGAAAGAGUCAACAUCUCAAUGA